AUGCCUCUUUUGCUCUACACAUGGGAGAAUUUAUUAACUGAUAUUGGUCAAGAAUUCCCCAAUAUAUCUGAAUUUCAUGAUGUUUGUAAGUAUGCAAUGGAGCAUCACUUUGAGUAUGUUUUCAUAAAAAAUGAGAACUACCAGGACAUGAAGGAGAUAACAUUCAUUUGUGGGGCUAACAUCAAUGUCCAUAAGAGAGCCUCAAAACAACUUAUUGCUAACCUUGUGAAAAGCAAGUUGGAUGACACCCCACGGUACAAGCCCAGAGAGAUGAUAAAGGACAUAGCUCGAGAUUAUGGGAUAGAGCGUCCAUAUCUUAAGGCAUGGCGGGGGAAAGAGAUAGCAAUAACAGAGUUUCGUGGUACUGAAGAAGAUGCUUAUAAUCGGCUCCCAGCAUACCUCAAUCACCUAUUAAAGACAAAUCCAGGAAGUCAUGUGGCAAUGCAAAAAAGGUCAGACAAUAAAUUUCGUCGAGUUUUCAUAUCACUUAUUGCUUCAACGUAUGGCUUUAAAAAUGGGAACCGUCCAAUUAUCUUCCUUGAUGGAACACAUUUGAAAGCUCGAUGUCAUGGUACGUUGCUUGCCGCUAUAUCUAUAGACUCCGAGGAUCAGAUGUUUCCACUUGCAUAUUCUAUCGUUGAUGCAAAGGAUUAUGACAAUUUGUUUUGGUUUCUAGAAAACUUGAAUAGUGGUAUUGGGAUGGAUCGACCAAUCAUAUUUAUUUCCGAUAGACAGAUUGGGUUAGGCGACAAUGGAUCAAAUAUGUUUUGA